CAUCAUUUAUGGCUCUGGAACGAGGCGCUCGGCCAUUGGCGCAAUGCCUGCGAUGCACUCGACACGACAGAAUAGCUCUCCCGACACGCAGCUUCAGCACGACGAUGACCCGCCAGGCCGCCGAAACAGAGCAACUCAGCGCCGACGUACCAAGCACACGACAAUUGGAUCCAUUGACCGUCUCCACGCCUCGGCUGGAGCGUAAACUACAACGCGAACAAGGGAAGAUGCCCGUGGGAUCCCGACGAAGAAGACGAGCACUUGCCAGUAGCACCAACAUUCCCUUUGCACAGCUGCCCUACCAAUGCUUCCAGGAAGCUCGCAAAUUCCUGCAACAAGACCGCGCCGAGAAACUGGAAAUCAUCCAGACGUAUCGCAAGAGAAUCGAUGCCUUGAUGCAAUCCACACCCACUACAGACGCGGAAAUUUUGCAAAAGGAGACUCGACUCCGGAGUAUGAGGAAGAAACUGGAAGACACCAAGAUUCUAGCAGAUAUCAACGAUCCUCUCGUCAAAAAGCGCUUCGAGGAUGGACACGGCGACAUGACCAAACCGAUUUACCGCCACCUCGCCAACCAAAAAUGGCGAUCCUACGAACGCACUCUCCUGCUCCAACGCAUCACGCAGCUGCACGUGGUUCCGGACAUCCUCCCUACCAUCGAUCCCGUCGUCUCGACAAAACUCACCUUCUGCAACCCGUCCAACCCCCGCAAACUCCGUAACGUCCAACAUGGCGAGAUUGUCGACUCUCGCAUCUCUGAACAUCCACCCAUUCUCUCCAUUCAAUCAUACGAGAAAGGCGAGAAAUUGAUUACAAUCGCCAUUGUGAAUCCCGAUGUGCCAAAUGUCGAGAAAGAUGGGUUCGAUUAUCGUUGUCAUUUCCUGGCUUGUAAUAUCACCAUCAGUCCGACCCAGACGACUGUGGAUCUUGGGAAGUUGAGCGAGGAUCAAAUUGUCCUGCCAUAUCUACCAGCUUACGCGCAAGAUGGGUUGCCAUAUCAGCGGAUGGCAGUAUUUGUUAUGGAGCAGGCGCACAAGUCAACUUCGUCAGCAGUAGGAGAAGAUGGAAUCUCGUUCGAGCACGAGAAGCUGUCCAUUUCGCAGAUCAAAGGCGCACGAGAUGGUGCGUUUUCUCGUCGAGAAAAUUUCUUUCUUCGCAGUCUGAGAAAAGAAUUUGGUCUCAAGGCUAUUGGAGUGGAUGUAUUCAGGACAGAGUGGGAUGAAGGGACUCAGGGGGUCAUGGAACGGGCGGGGAUUGUGGGAGCUGAUUUGGUGUUCAAGAGGAAGAGGAUUGAACCCUUGCCUUAUAAGAGGCUGAAGGAGGAGAGAUAUCGAUAGGGAUGAAAGAGGAGGCGGGGAUAGGUGCUGUAUGCGUCACAUUUAUAUAUGAGUGCAUGUAUCAUACUCAACACUUGAGAUAGUCUGCCGCUGUUGAGGCAGAAUUGCUUCCACUAUUGUACAUACAGGUAUGCAUGAAGAUGAU